CACUAACCACAACUACGACAUUACAACCAACCACAACACCAUCACCAACAACUACGACAUCAGUACCGACCACAACACCGUCACUAACUACGACAACUUGGGCAGCAUGGUCGGCACCAACACCAUGGACAGCAUGGACAGCGCCAACACCAUGGACAUCAUGGACGGCACCAACACCAUGGACAGCAUGGACAGCGCCAACACCAUGGACAGCCUGGACGGCAUCAACACCAUGGACAGCAUGGACGGCAUCAACACCAUGGACAGCAUGGGCGGCACCAACACCAUGGACAGCCUGGACGGCAUCAACACCAUGGACAGGCUGGUCGGCACCAACACCAUGGACAGGCUGGUCGGCAUCAACACCAUGGACAGCAUGGACGGCAUCAACACCAUGGACAGCAUGGACGGCAUCAACACCAUGGACAGCAUGGACGGCACCAACACCAUGGACAGCAUGGACGGCACCAACACCAUGGACAGGCUGGUCGGCACCAACACCAUGGACAGGCUGGUCGGCACCAACUCCAUGGACAGCAUGGACGGCAUCAACACCAUGGACAAAAUGGACGGCACCAACACCAUGGACAGCAUGGACGGCAUCAACACCAUGGACAGAAUGGACGGCACCAACACCAUGGACAGGCUGGUCGGCACCAACACCAUGGACAGGCUGGUCGGCACCAACACCAUGGACAGCAUGGACAGCGCCGACACCAUGGACAGGCUGGUCGGCACCAACACCAUGGACAGCAUGGACAGCGCCGACACCAUGGACAGCCUGGGCGGCACCAACACCAAGGACAGUUUGGACGGCACCAGCACCAUGGACAUCAUGGACGGCACCAACACCAUGGACACGCUGGACGGCACCAUCACCAUGGGCAGAUUGGUCCGCACCAACACCAUGGACAGAUUGGUCAACGUCCAGAUGCUACGGCCCCUGGGGCUGUUGGGAACCAGGGACGUGCUCUGUGUCCUGUGGGGAGGGCGUGACGGUGGAGAAGCGGACCAGAGAGCUGCUGGAAUUUGCCACUAGUGACUGUAACGGCCCACUUAAAGAGCACAGACAAUCAGCCUGCAACAUGGGUGAAUGUGAUGGGGACGCAGAUGUUGACGAGUGGACAGUGUGGGCUGGAGUGUCCCCGUGCUCAGCGACGUGCAGUGGCUAUAUGACCCAGAACCGUUACAGAGAGUGUACGGUACCAACGGGCUGCUCCUGGGACCUGAUCCAGUCCAGACAAAU